AUGGACUACAUGCUGGAGACCAGCCAGCUAAAGCAGAAGCUUCUGAAAACCAUCUACAGCCUCCAGGUGAAGUCAUUCACCACACUGCAGUCAGCCAGCCCGCUGCUGCACAGCCAGCGUGGCAUGGGCAUGGUGACCCAGCACCAGGUCCACCAGCUGGCAGAUAAGGCCAAAAGCCUGUGUGGAGACCUGGACAACAUCAAGAACCUCCUCCACUAUUGCCAGGAUGACUUGGUCCGGCAGAUUCCCAACCCCAGUGGCAGCCGCUAUGGAGGUGUCAGUGGAAUCCAUUGCUCCCUGGAUGGCUCCAUCUACGUGACAGCUGAGAGUGCUCCCUGGGUCCACGUCCUCAGCAGCACAGGCCACACACGGCAGUCCCUGCCCUGCCAGCAAGCGGGCAAGGGAGGCAGCAUUUUCUUGCCAGAAGAUGUGACUGUGACUAGGAUGGGAAUGGUGGCUGUAACUGACGUGGUGAAUGAAGCCAUCUGGGUCUUCAACCCUCACACCAGCCUCUCCAAGGGGGAAUGGAUAAAGAUCAGGAAGGUUGGUUCCCCCAGGGGUAUUGGAGUAGACUCCAUGGGCAACAUCCUGGUAGCAGACUAUGCACAGGGCCAAGUGCACAGCUUUGCUCUGGACUAUGCCUUCAGGACAGUCAAUGUCCACUCUGUCCCCAAUCUGCAGGGACCUCGUUAUGUCAGUCCGGUGCCCAGUGGAGGCUUUGUGGUGAGCGAGGACCCUCGGGUCACUGCCAUGGUGCUGAAGGUGUUCUUUCCAUCGUGCUGCUCCUCAGCAGACAGCGGCAUUUUGAUCGGCCGCUGGAUCUCCGAGCAGAGCUCUGCUGUCAUCCUGGCUGUGGUGCACUUCCCCUUUAUUCCUGUUCAGGUGAAGCAGUACCUUGGGGAGGUUCAGCGUGUGACUAAAGUCAAUGUUUCUGUGCUUGGCUCAUGGAGCAACAGCAAACAGGAGAAAGAAGAGAGUCUCAGUGAGUUUUUGGAAGACCUUGGGACCAUAUUCUGCCAUGAGCCAUGGAUCCAGAUAAGCAAAGAGGGAGACAGCAAAUUCUGGAGCUGUUCUACCCUUCAGAAACACUCGAAGGACCCUCAGAAGGAAGAAGUCAUCUUGGUGUACUAUGACCAGCGCAAGGUCAUGCUUUCCCAUCUGCACCCCCCUUUGGACACAUCUGGCCAGAGGGCAGAGGAUGCCUCAAAGCUCUCGGCCAUCUUUGACACGGUGGCCAGGAGCCAGGUGCUGUUCAUGACGGAUAGGUACGACGAGGGGCCCAUCAAGCUGACCCACUGGCAGUCGGAUGGGGUGGAGGCCAGUAUCAUCGUGGAGCUUCUAAAGCAGGCCUCUGUGCCUGCCUGCAUGCUGCUGACAUUCCUGCUCUCACUGGUCUCAGGGAUCUGCAGGAGCAGGCUGCUGAAGCUUUGGCCUUUGUCUUUCUUGUGGAGCAAACUCUCAACUUGUGAGCAGCUGGGACAUCGCCUGCAGCACCUCCAGGUCAUCAGCAGCAACAAGAAGGCUCAAAACCAAAACCAGCUGAUGAGGAAAGCAAACAUCUUUGUGUCUCUGCUGAUUGAUGUGGCCCUGGGGAUACUGCUGAUGUCGUGGCUGUACAGGAAGAACCGCAUUGGUCACCUUGCUGACACUCUCAUCCCUGUGGCUGAUCAUGUGGCUGAAGAGCUGCAGGACCUGCUCCAGUGGCUGAUGGGAGCACCAGCUGGACUGAAAAUGAACCGAGCCUUGGAUCAAGUUUUGGGCCGCUUCUUCCUUUAUCACAUCCAUCUUUGGAUCAGCUACAUCCACCUGCUGUCCCCCUUCAUUGAGAUGAUCCUGUGGUACGUGGGGCUCUCGGCCUGCCUGGGCCUGACCGUGGCUCUCUGCAUCCUCUCCGACAUCAUCGCGCUCCUGACCUUCCACAUCUACUGCUUCUAUGUCUAUGGGGCCAGGCUCUACUGCCUGAAGAUCUACGGCCUGUCCUCUCUGUGGCGCCUGUUCCGGGGGAAGAAGUGGAACGUGCUGAGGCAGCGGGUGGAUUCCUGCUCCUAUGACCUGGACCAGUUAUUUAUUGGCACUUUGCUCUUCACAAUCCUGCUGUUCCUCCUGCCUACAACUGCACUGUAUUAUUUGGUGUUUACCCUGCUCCGGUUGCUGGUGGUGAUUGUGCAGGGCCUCAUACACUUGCUGGUGGACCUGAUUGACUCCCUCCCUCUUUAUUCCCUCAUCCUUCGCCUCUGCAGAUCCUACAGGCUCGCAGCUGGAGUGAAGUUCAGAGUCCUUGAGCAGCAGGAUGGAAAACCUCUGCGACUCCUUAUGCAGAUCAACCCGCUCUCCUACGGAGGUGUGAUCCAGACGUACAGACUGCCCACCUACAGCUGCUAUCCCAGGGACUCCUGGGCAUCUCUCUGCAAGAAACUCUUCCUUGGAGAGCUCAUCUACCCUUGGAAACACAAAGGAGACAAGCAGAACUAAAGACAGUGGAGGAACUUAGAAACUUGACCUGAAAAAACAUACUGACUCCUAAUGCUUUGGGACCAAAGGCUGCUCAGAGCCAGCAACUGCUCCAUCCUUUAAAUAGAUUUUGGUAACAUAGAAAGGGCUGAUUUUUUAAAGGCAAUUAUUUUUAAACAUUAUUUUUCAACUUUCUCUUCCCCUACACUGUGUUUGUAUAUUAUGCUAAUGAUUUUUUUUGGAAGCAAAAGGUGAAAUCCGUCAGUGCCUCAUGAAACCAGUGCUCAGUGUCAUGGAGGAAGCAGCUCCCAAAUGAUUUGGUGAUGAAUUUUUCCCUCCACGUCAGAUCACAGGGCCAUAGCAAAGCAGCCUCAAAGUGGUUUGCAGCCACAAUGCUGUGGUGCCUUCAGGCAGAGCAUGUUUUGGACCUUUUAUGCUUCAGCCUUCAAGCCAAAAACCAUGUGGAGAAACAGCUCAUGGAGUCCUACACUGAAAACUGAACAGCUGGGUGUCUGAGUUCAUGGGAUAUUUAUUAAUUUCUUUUGAGGAGGGUUUGCACUCACCCUCACUGCAGCACCAGAGAAGGUGUUGAAAGAGCUAGGCUGAAGACCCAGAAGGACAGACUGUUGUAUCAUGAUUCCGUGAUUUCUCUUAGGGCAGUUUUUUGCUUUGGAUACAUUUCCAAAGUGCAUCAGUGCUUGGCUUUCCAUGCCCUGGUCUCAUUUUGAUGUGUCUCCUAUUCUCUCUCUUGGAAAGGGUGCCUGUGCACUGGAGGGUGAUGUCCCACUGGGCAUGCUGUGGUUGUGUCAAAUUUAAAUACAGUCCUUACCCAAAAUACACUUUCUCCAGCUCUGCUUGUUCCUCUGCCCCAGCUCAAACAAGGAAUCAGUAUCACUGUACCCUGCUUUUUGCACUGGCAGGGGAGGACUGUGCUGGAUCCUGCCCCUUUUCCUCUGACUGGCCAAGGAACCAAGGAUGGAGGAGGAAGAGGAGAAGGUGCUGUGGCUGCAGUGCCCAGCCCUUCUCUGGAUGGCUGCCUCUGUAUUCCAGUGGAUGUUGGCAGGGCAAGGUGCUCUGGGGCUUUAGGAGCCUUCAGGCAGCACUCCCUACCCCAGCCCUGUGUCUCAUCCAUGUGCUGGCAGCUGCCACAGAAGAGAAGAGUUGUGCCCUCCUGCUUUAAGACAUCCCUGGCCAGAUACAUUUGGGUUGUCUGGAGCUGCUAAAAGCCCCUCAUGGUGCAGUCACUGCCUCUACAGGCAUAGCCUGAGCAAGAGAAAAGGAAGCACUGCAGGCAGGUGCAUUGUCCAGACAUUCCUUAGCAGGCAAAGCUUCAAGGCCUUUGAGGUUUCUUAGGGACAUGUGAGUACACAGGCACUACGUGAUGUCCAGUCACCUUGAGCCAGGGCACAUCACUGGGGAAAGGCAGUGUGGCAAACCCCCCUCACCAGCUGCCACUGCAGCUCUGGCUGGGACAUCCCUGCCUGCAGAAA